CUGACACGAAUAUUUACGAACCAUUUCCUUUUUCAAUUCCGAGUUCAACACUGCGUUGAAAAUGCUGCGUACUGUUGUUUUCCGAACUUUUUCGCAAGUUUAUCGCAUCUCAACAUUCAAUCAUUCAACGAUUCCUGCACCAAACACUAACCCAAACGUUUACUACAACAAGAUCUUCAUUAAUAAUGAGUGGCAUGAUGCAGUAAGCAAGAAAACUUUUCCAACCAUCAAUCCAGCUACUGUUGAAGUUAUCAGCCAAGUGGCAGAGGGGGAUAAGGCGGAUGUGGAGAAAGCUGUCAAGGCAGCAAGAGAUGCCUUUAAACUUGGAUCUCCAUGGCGACGCAUGGAUGCAUCAUUUCGUGGACUGCUGUUGAGCCGCUUAGCAGACUGCAUGGAGAGAGAUGCUGCCUAUUUAGCCGAACUAGAGACUCUUGACAAUGGAAAACCAUAUGCAGUCUCCUAUAGUGUGGACGUGCCUAUGGCGGUCAAAACCCUGAGAAGGGUGGCGGGCUUCUCCCUUAGAGAUAGGGUGAGGAGCUCAGUCAUCCCUCCAAUUGACUUGGAAUUUGGCACACUUACCCAUAACACUCCAGUGAGUGUAUGUGGGCAAGAACUUCCUUGGAACUUCCCUUUGGUGAUGCAGUCUUGGAAGCUAGGCCCUGCCCUGGCUACAGGAAACACAGUGGUGAUGAAGGUGGCAGAGCAGACACCUCUCACUGCCCUCUAUGUUGCCAGCCUGAUCAAGGAGGUGGGUUUCCCAGCUGGUGUUGUCAACAUUAUACCGGGAAUGGGUCCCACAGCAGGGGCAGCCAUUGCCUCUCACAUGGAUGUAGACAAAGUAGCAUUUACUGGCUCCACUGGCGUAGGUCACCUCAUCCAGCAAGCCUCAGGUACCAGUAAUCUGAAGAACGUUACCCUGGAGUUGGGUGGCAAGAGUCCAAACAUCAUUUUAUCAGAUGCAAAUAUGGAAGAGGCUGUGGAGCAGUCCCAUUUAGCCCUCUUUUUCAACCAGGGCCAGUGCUGUUGUGCAGGAUCUCGUACCUAUGUACAGGAGAGUGUCUACGAUGAGUUUGUAGAACGAAGUGUGGAGAGAGCCAAGAAGAGAGUUGUGGGAGAUCCCUUUGACUUGAAAACAGAGCAGGGACCCCAGGUUGAUGAAGAACAGUUCCACAAGAUUCUUGGCUACAUCAGCAGUGGAAAGAGAGAGGGUGCUAAGCUCAUGUGCGGUGGUGGGAUGGCAGCUGAACGUGGUUACUUUAUCCAACCUACUGUCUUUGGGGAUGUUCAAGAUGACAUGACAAUUGCUCAAGAGGAGAUUUUUGGGCCAGUGAUGCAAAUCCUGAAGUUUAAGUCUUUAGAGGAGGUUCUUGAGAGAGCCAAUAAUAGCAAAUAUGGGCUUGCAGCUGCUGUUUUCACCAAAGACAUUGACAAGGCCCAUUAUAUCUCUAGUGGCCUGCGUGCUGGCACUGUCUGGAUUAAUUGCUAUGACGUGUUUGAAGUUCAGGCUCCUUUUGGAGGCUAUAAGGCCUCAGGAAUUGGUCGUGAGUUGGGACAAUAUGGACUAAACAACUACACAGAAGUCAAAACGGUAACAAUUAAGGUUCCUCAGAAAAACUCAUAAAUGGAUGUUCAAAAAUGGAAUUAAUUUACAGAAGCUGCCAUCUAAUAGCAAGAUCUGUCCCAUGCAUUAUUGGAAUAUAUUAGUCUGACUCUCUUUUAAUAACACACUAAGUAAUAUGUUUAUGAGUAAAGUUACUUCAUUGAAAUGUAUGCAUUGAUUUUCUAACAAGCAAAUUCAAGCAUUGUACAACAUGUAUUUGUACGUAAAAAUUACUUUAAUAAAUGCUGCAUAGGGUAUUGAUGUUCUGUUCUAUUAAUUUCCUGUCUUAUGAAUGAAUGUGAUAUUUUUGUCUCUUUUGAUUUCUCUUUUUGUAAAAACAUACAGGAAAAAUAAAAGAAUAUCAAACAAUAACAUGUAUUGUUGGUUAUAAAUUAUCAAUUUAAAAUAACAUUACACAACCACUCAUCGAAUUGGAUUGUGGCCCAGUUUCAAGAAAACCCUUAUAUUAAGAAAACCUUUUGUUAUGAUUGCAAAGCUAUUGUCAAUAAGAGUUUUCUUGCAUAUGACUGCUGAUGUUUAGUAAAACACUGUUUGAAUCACUUAACUUGUCUGUGUUCAUUCAUCACUGCUAAGAGCUUGUGGUGGGGAUUUUGAUUCAUCCCAGUGACAAGUCUUUUGAAUGUGUUCAUCCAAAAGAUUGGUUCAGAUUUUGUUCACUGAUGCAUUAAUAAACAGUUAUGUUGAUUACAUCAUUAGUCCAGUAGGAGGCAACAAAUGAUUGUUUUAAUGAGAACAAAUCACUGGAAAACAAAAGCAUUUCUGUUAAGAAGGUUGAUGUGCUUGUACAUAAAAUCCUUUUAUUUUUUUUAUUUUUUUACUGUUGACCUUUGAACAAUGUAGUCAUCUGAAAUAUGAACAGUUUUGUUAACAACUGCAAAAAUGUAAAUAAUAAAUAUUAC